AAUAAGGCGGGUUUGAAACUUAUUAAGAAAUUUGAAGGUUUCCGUUCUAGAUUUUAUGUUGAUAAAGGCAUAAUAACUAUUGGUUAUGGUCAUGCUUGUCAUGUUUAUGAUUGUAGUAAAAUUCACCCUCCUAUCAGUCGCGCUAAAGGAGAAGCAUUGCUCAAAAAGGAUUUAGUCGUGUUCGAAAAAUGCGUUGACUCGCUCACUCAGAUUAAGCUAAAUUCCAAUCAGUUCUCUGCCUUGGUUUCAUUUACCUACAACCUUUGUUGUGAGGCUUAUCGAAGAUCCACGUUGCGUAGAAAGCUUAACGCUGGU